CUUCCCGGGCCUCUGUUGCGCACAGCCGGCUUCGCCCAUCCCGGGGCUGGUCGAUGACUAACAGCAACGCGCUGCGCGGAGAUCAUCAUGGGCGGAGAAGGGACAGGUCUGAGCAGAGUCCGACGGUGCUGCUGGGCGGGAGAGGAAGGAGGCGCCCCGCGGGGGUAGGAGGGGAGCGGGGAACCGCCAGAGAACCCGAGCGGGGAACGGCGGAGCUCAGCUUCCCCGCCCAGCCAGCGGGCCGGGAGCCGCACUAGCUCGGAGGCUCGGCCGAGCCGCCUUCCGUUGGCUCGCCCGGGAGGCGCGCCCACCCGGGCUGGUCUCCGCUCUGUCCAUGCCGCUUUCCCGAGCAGAGGCUCCCUGAGCCGGGCUCCCUCUUCUCUUCCACCGCUCCGAUGUCGGGCCCCCGCAGCGCCUUGCAGGCCUGGUGCCGCCGCCAAUGCGAGGGCUACCCCGGCGUGGAGAUCCGAGACCUCAGCAGCUCCUUCCGGGAUGGCCUGGCCUUUUGCGCCAUCCUCCAUAGGAACCGGCCUGAUUUGCUGGACUUUAAUUCCCUCUCCAAAGAAAAUGUAUAUGAGAACAAUCGUUUGGCGUUUGAGGUGGCUGAACAGGAACUGGGGAUCCCUGCCUUGCUGGAUCCCACUGAUAUGGUCUCCAUGAGAGUGCCUGACUGCCUCAGUAUCAUGACAUAUGUGUCCCAGUAUUACAACCAUUUUAACAACCCCAGCCAAGCCAGAGUCUCCAUGCCUAUGAAGCACCCAGCUGUUGCCUCGUCACCUAAUCUGCCAGGUCCCCCACCUUUGGCUGUACUUGAAACUACACCUACAUCUCAGGACAGUGUUACUGAAAGCUUGGCAGAGCAUUCCUCGCACACUUCCCUUAGCAGCACUUGUGCAGCUUGCCAGCAACACGUUCACCUGGUUCAGCGCUAUUUGGCUGAGGGCAAACUUUACCACCGUCAGUGCUUCAGAUGCAAGGAAUGCUCCAGCACGCUGAUUCCCGGAUCCUACAAACCUGGACCUGAAUUGGGCACAUUUGUGUGUACCCAGCAUCGUGGUAAGCUGGGCAGACUGAGUGGGAGGACUGAGCACCAGCUAACUCCAGAACUUCUGCUUGGAAAGGAAAGUACAGAAGCUGGGACAGUGAGUAAUGAGAUGAAAGAAAAGAAUGACAUACCAGAGAGUCACUCAUCAGCCAUGGAAGAGAUGGGCAAAAUGGGGGAAAGAACUGUUGAUGAAGUGGGAACAGAACUUGCAAUACCUUACACCCAGCCAAAGAAUGAAGUGCCCACUUCCACUUCUGGUUCUUGCUUGCAGAUGCCUCCCAAGCCUCUGGUACCAAUCAAGCCACCAUCACUUAUCCAAGAAAAAGUUAGCUUGCAACAUGGGCAGCUCAAAGAGCCUCGACCCACCCCAGCCCCUCGGAGAAGCACAGACUCAGCAAGUCUGUCACCACCGAGCUCCCAUCCAGUCCCAAGGCCCAGAGCCAAUAUGCAAAGUGAGAGUUCCAGUGAGCCACCAUCUGGUUUGGUCAAUGGUAGACUUCCUGAGCCCAGUCCUCCAGUUCCAAAGCCCAGAGGCAGACCUACUUCCUCAGACCGAGCCAGUGAACUGUUAAGGCCAAGAGACCCUCCAUGGAUUGCAUUGGUCCAGGCAGAGCCCAAGAAGAAGCUGGCUCCUCUCCCACCAGGCAGUAGCAAGGAAAGCUCACCUGUGGCUUUGGAUGAGGAUGAAGGUAGAGAAGGAGGAGGAAAGGCACAAAUCACAGAAGACAGGCCUAUUCUGGAGGAGCCAAAGCCUUAUAACCCCUUCGAAGAUGAAGAAGAGGAAGAGGAUGAGAAGGAAGUUGUCACACCACAGAGCACGCCAAAGCAAGAGCAAAGGGAGGGUGAAGGUGGUUCCAAGCCUGUGCAUCCCUGGUAUGGCAUUACUCCCACAAGCAGCCCCAAGACAAAGAAGCGACCAGCUCCAAGAGCGCCCAGUGCCUCCCCACUUGCUCACCAUCCGAUCUCCAGGCUUUCUCACUCAGAGCCAUCUUCUUCCACGCCAUCCCCAGCCCUCAGCUUGGAGAGUAUCACAUCUGAGUGUUUGGCCAAGGCUGCUGAUAACCUGGAUGAUGUCCCUGUGCUGAAGAGCUCCUCUGAGCCUACAGUCCAUGCUCCAGCUGCUUCCAUCCUUUCCCACUCAGACUCCCCACUUAUCAGUGCCCCUCCUGGCGAGGGCCCUGCAGUUCUGCCUGGCUGUUCCACUGAUUCCUCCUUAUCAUCAUCCAGUGAUUUGACUGGCUAUGGCGAUGAGGCACAAGGUGGACAUUUACAGACUGCCAGAAGUUGCUCAGCUGGCAACUUGAAAACCAGCCCUGUGCAAGUCUCUCCUAAGCCUCCAGCUGGAGCAGCUCCCACACCCAUCCUCUUGGCGUCAGAUUUGAGCAGUGGGUCUGCCAGGAACUCUCCUUCACCCAAAGCACAGCCAAAGUCGUCCUGUAAAGAGAAUCCUUUCAACCGGAAGCCAUCACCAGCUGCUUCCCCCUCUAUCAAGAAAGCUUCAAAGGGACCCAAACCAGCAAGGCCUCCUGCUCCAGGACAUGGUUUCCCACUGAUCAAACGGAAGGUUCAGUCAGAUCAGUAUGUCCCAGUGGAGGAUAUUUAUGGUGAAAUGGACAGCAUUGAGCAGCAGCUGGAUGAGUUAGAGCACCGAGGUGUUGAGCUGGAAAGAAAACUCCGUAGCAUAGAGAAUGAUGCCCCUGAAGAUGGUUUACUGGUGGAUUGGUUUAAGCUGAUUCAUGAGAAGCAUAUGCUGGUGCGUCGGGAGUCUGAACUUAUCUAUAUUUUUAAGCAGCAGAACUUGGAGCAGCGUCAAGCUGAUGUGGAAUAUGAACUGCGAUGUCUUCUCAAUAAACCUGAGAAAGACUGGACAAAUGACGACCGGGUCAGGGAGAAAGUAUUGAUGCAAGAGCUUGUGACCAUUAUUGAACAACGGAAUGCCAUUGUCAACAGUCUGGAUGAGGAUCGGCAAAGGGAGGAAGAAGAGGAUAAAAUGUUGGAAGCCAUGAUUAAAAGGAAAGAAUUUCACAAGGAGACUGAGGCUGAUAGCAAGAAGAAAGGGAAAUUCAAACCAAUGAAAGUGCUGAAAUUACUUGGAAAUAAACAUGAGUCAAAGAGCAGAUCCCCCAAGGAAAAAAGCUAAAGCAAGGGGCAGCUAGAAGAGUGAGGAGGGCUGCCAGCCUCUUGGACUGCUCAGUCCCAUUUGGCCGGGCAUCUGGCAAGUAGGAUGGCUUCCUGCUUUUGCCCAUUUUUUAAAAGGAAGUUGUGCCUUGCCAUACACCAAAGCUGGAUUCUUCCUGGAAAAACCCAACCAACUUCCAGCAACAGGUGCUCCUGUAAAGGGGGAAGUAUGGCAAGUCUUGUGAGCACAUUACAGAGGGACAGACUUGGAGGAAGAAGCUGUUCACCGUUUUCUGCUUCAAGGUGGGGAUGGGAGUGGACAAAUGAAAUAGCUUUAGACUUCCUCAGUUGUGCACCUAUUACGAUUAAAAGUUCCAAACAGUCAAGGAUAUGGGUGUCUGUGGGGAAAGUUGCACUAAUUGUCCUCCUCCUUUAACUGUGAUAGUCACGUGUGCCUCAUACUCUCUUGGUGGGGGAGGAAGAGAAUCCUGACUGCAAUUUGGGAGCCUCUGGUUAUCUCUUCUGAAUUCCUUUUCUUAUUCUUCCCCCCAUCUUUGAUCAUUCAAAAAAGUUUGGGCUUUCAGGGCAGAUUUUUGUUGUUGGCUUUUUAAAACCAGAGAAAACUCUGUAUCAUAAAGGCCUGUAAAAACAGUCAAAAAUCUAACCAGUGCUCUAUUUCUAGAAGACUUCUCUACCACCAAAGGAGAUACUAUGCUUGAGUGCUGAUUCUCUUGGCAACCAUUUAACAAACCACAGAGGAAAGGCUAAGACAGCUUUGACCUCUGUAAUAUGUCAGACUACAAUUCCCAGCAUGAUUAGCCAUGCUGUCAGAGGGUGGCAUUUGUGCAGGUGUGAAUGGGAAACACACUGGACCUUUUUAACCCUCUUAGUUGCUGCUGCUGCUACUUAUAUCCAUCCUACUCCUCAGGGGACACAGCAGGCUGGGGAAGGUAACUCAUUCCCUGCCAAACAUUAGGGGCAGAAGAGGAUGUCAAGCUAUAUUCAACAUCAGCAAGGUACCACUGUAGUUCAUUUCUUAGCCCUUCCCCCCCAAGUUUUAUGUGCAUGUUUUCUUUCUGUAAGAGUGCAAAAGAUCUUCAUAGUUUUUGUAGCCAAACUCCCACUCCUCUGACUUUCAGAUUUGUUUUAGUUUUGUGUACGUAUGAGUUCAGAGGGGAGACGUCUUUUUUCUCUUCUGGCUUCUCUGACUUGAGGGACUAUUUAUUGAGAUAUUUGUUUGGUCUGAGUUAAAUACUGAUAGUAUUGUAGGUGUUGGUUUGAGUUCUUAUUAGCAAAUUGCUGUGCUGCGUUAUUCAAAUGUGAUGAAUUGUUGAACAGUCCUUGGCUGUGAUAUUCAGCCUUGAGUGCCCUCCCUAGCUCAAAGCCCUCCAGAUGUGUUAUACUAUCAUUUCCAUCUUGUCAGCCAAUAUGACACCUUAAUGCUAGUUGGGGAUGAUGGAUAAUUCAACACAUCUGGAAAGCAGCAGUUAGGGAAAACCUGGGAUAGACCAUUCCAAAUGGAACUGAAUUCAUUGGUGGUGUCAGCUCUGACUGGGACCACCUUCUCAGCCUCUACAAGUGGACAGCAGCCACCAUCUGAGUCCUGCUCUCAGCUACAAGAUCGUCCAAUGCACAACUCUCCCUUUUAUAAAGCAAAACUAGUCAAUCUUUUAAAAUGUCAUCAGAUACAUUCCCAUCAGAAAUCACCAGAUUCUGGUGAACAUAAGUACACUGUGUUAACUGAAAUCCCCAGUGAUGGGCACAGAUGAAAUCAGUAAUAAAAACAAUAAAACCAU